CUUGCCAAACGUCAACGAAGAACAAUUUGGUGACUUCGCUCUGCGUUCUUGUAUCAUAUAUACAUCCCUCUGUUCUGCUGCAACUGAUCGGAUCAACGCGCGAUAAAAAUGGAUUACGAUUUCAGGAACAGAGUGAAUCCACCGUACGAUCCACACCAGAUUCCAAUGUACAGGCCAACCACGGAACGUCCGGUCCACGGACCAUCCUCCCUCUACCCUAGGAUCGGCCAGCCCGGUCCGACCGGCCGUCACUCUUCUCCUUCUUCUUCGUCUCCGUCCGCUCCUGGUGGAUUGGGCAUUAGGGUUGCGAUAAAACCGGAGCAUCGGAUUUCACCGCCUCCUCAACUGUCACCACACAUCGCAGAUAUUCCUCGAAGCACCUUCCAGUUUGACUUUGACCUAGAAAGGAAAAUAAUUGCUGAAGCAGAGAAGGAAAGCCAAAACUGGAGCAGGCUUGGGCUGGAAAACCUUUCACCUAAAAUUGCAGAAUCUACACCUUCUUUGGGCUCCACUGUGGAUCCUGUUGUUAGCAAAUACAUAGCAUCGGGUCUCAGCAGAGAGGCCGUGCCUCUAGCAGUAGCAAGUUAUGGAGACAAUCCGGCUAAGGUAAGAGAAUUCGUUAAUGGAUAUACCCUUUUGCGAGACAUGGGAUUCUCAUCAAAGAAUGUUGCAGAAGCAUUGGCCAUGUAUGACAACGACACAGACAAGGCCUUGGCACACUUCCUUAACAGCUCGUCUUGAGAAUGCUGCGGCAAGCUCAUGCUAUUGGAUUGUAUCAUACGACGUGCACCUGGACUAUGUAGUGUCUUAUAAGCCUUGGUGAUGUUACUCUGGUGACUGAUUGUACAAGACAUUUAAUAAAGGCUGAAGUCAACAAUUCGAAUGACUUACUGAUGUCUUCAUAAA